AAAUUAGGUAGAGGGACCAUCCUCAACGCGAGGGUGUGAGCGUCGGUCUCCCCCAUCACCACCACCAUCCUCCUCCUCUGAGGUGUGUCUGCACCGCUGGAUCUGCAGACUGACACACACACACAGACACACACACACACACACACACACACACUCUCUCUCUCUCACACACACACGCGGACAGAGAGCCGGUGGACCGACUGAGAACGAUCCUUCUCUUUGUUCAGCCGGAAAAUGGCGUCAAAGUGUCCAAAAUGCGACAAGACGGUGUAUUUCGCGGAGAAGGUUUCCUCUCUGGGGAAAGACUGGCACAAGUUCUGUCUGAAAUGUGAGCGCUGCAGCAAGACGCUGAAUCCAGGAGGACACGCUGAGCAUGAUGGAAAGCCUUUCUGUCACCGGCCCUGCUACGCCACCCUCUUCGGACCUAAAGGUGUGAAUAUCGGGGGAGCUGGUUCCUACGUGUACGACAAUCCUGUCAACGAAGCCCCCGCUGCAGUUUCCAUGGAGACCAAUGCCAAACCACAGGAGGAGAGAAAAGCCCCCGCACGAGGGCCAGUGAAGGCUGCGAGCUUCUCGUCUUUCUCUGGAGGACCAAACAUCUGCCCUCGAUGCAACAAGACGGUUUACUUUGCUGAGAAGGUGUCCUCUCUGGGAAAGAACUGGCACCGGCCCUGUCUGCGCUGUGAGAGGUGCAGCAAGACUCUGUCUGCCGGCAGCCAUGCAGAGCAUGAUGGACAGCCGUACUGCCACAAACCGUGCUACGCGGUUCUGUUUGGGCCCAAAGGUGUAAACACUGGAGGAGUCGGCAGCUACAUCUACGACGACCCUGAAGCCGAGGCUCAGGAGUGAACCCAGACUCGCCUUCAGGACCCUCGCUGUCUCUGAUCUGCCUUCUAAAGUCUCUUGAUAUGUACCGCUCUCACAGGGAUGGAUACUUAGAUCUUUAUGUUGUAUUUGUAUAUCGUUUAUAUAUCUAUUUUUUGUACUUAAAAAAACUUAAACAUGUCCUCCCGAGUGAGCUUCAGACUUGCCUUUAGGUUUCUUAGUUCUCUUUGCCAAAUAAUGAUCAGCGUUCUGUGUAGUGAAUUGAAGCGCUUGAGAUUUUUCACUCGUUAUUAAUACUUUUUCAGAAUUAUGUGCACUUAAAAGCUGUACUGUAUGGUGAAAACAAUUAACUGUCAGUGUUUCUUGAACCAGUUCGUCCUGAUUUUAAACAGGGGGGGGGGGGCGAGAUGUAGACGUGGCGGAUGUACCGUACGCACAGAAACAUACAUUUGACUGAAUGUUUUGAAGAUAAGUUUGAGGUCUGUUGUGAAUAAAAACUGCACUUCAGAUUUUCUACUGUAA